ACAAAAUGGCAGAAAGACCUAUUUGGGAGCAAAUCGGAACAAGUUUUAUUCAGUUGUAUUAUCAGCAGUUUGAUACCAGUAGGGAACAGCUAGGUGCCUUUUAUACAGAUGCUUCCUGCUUAUCAUGGGAAGGGCAGCAGUUCCAAGGAAAAACGGCCAUUAUGGAAAAACUGCUGAGACUUCCUUUCCAAAAAAUUCAGCACAACAUAACCUCCCAGGAUCAUCAGCCAACGCCUGACAAUUGUAUCCUUAGUAUGGUUGUCGGUCAGUUGAAGGUAGACGAUGAUCCAGUGAUGGGAUUCCACCAGUUGUUUAUUCUCAAGAACAUUAAUGACAAAUGGAUUUGUUCCAAUGACAUAUUUAGGCUUGCUCUUUACAACUUUGCCUAAAGCAUCUGUUCUCAAAUGUACCUUAACUAGUCUCAAAUUU